CCCCUCCCCGCGGCCGGUUUGCAUGCAUUGUCUGUCUCCCAAGAUGGUUUGUGAGACCAAGAUUGUGGCGGAAGAUCAUGAAUCAAUCCCGGGAUCUAAAAAAGACACGAUCAUUGUUUCGUCCUCCCAGAUGUGGCCCUCUUUGGCGGGCUCCCCUCCCUCACCCCCACCUCCCCUCACCCCACCAAAAGAAGACCCCAGGCGCGACAAUGUAUAUAUCCGCGAAUUCCACCCCUCUGAACAGGAGGUGGUGCGCCGCAUCUUUUACGAGGGGAUCAUGGAGCGAAUCCCCAACACGGCGUUCAGGGGGCUGAAGCAGCAGCCCCUCACUCAGCUGCUCUACGGGCUGCUGGCGGUAAUGUGCUUUGUUGUGACCAAGUCCUUCCUGCUGACCUGCUGUUUGCCCAUCUUUCUGAUGGGCAUGAGGUACUACUUCAGUAGAAAAGUUAUCCUGCACUAUCUCGAUUGUGCGCUGCACACGGACAUGUCCGAUAUUGAGCAAUAUUACAUGAAACCGCCAGGCUCCUGCUUCUGGGUUGCUGUCCUGGACGGCAACGUGGUGGGGAUCGUGGCAGCGCGGGGCAACGAGGAAGACAACACUGUGGAGCUUCGCCGCAUGUCCGUCGAUUCCAACUACCGCGGCAAAGGGAUCGCCAAGGCCCUGGGCCGCAAAGUGCUGGAGUUCGCCAUGCUCAACAAUUACUCCUCUGUCGUGCUGGGAACCACGGCCGUGAAGAUGGCAGCCCACAAGCUCUAUGAGUCCUUGGGCUUCAAGCACGUGGGUGUUGUCGAACACUAUGCCCUGCCAGGGAUGACACGCUCCUUACUGGAGAGAAUGUUUUUCCAGGUCCGCUACCACCGCUACCGCCUGCAGCUGCGGGAAGAAUAAAAAAAACCCCACCAACCAAAACAAAAAAAAAAAAAGUAUUUUUCCCUCCUUCCUCCCCCUUCAAAAAUAAUAAAUUAUCCUUCUAUUUCUCAUC